GUGAAUGAGCCGUUCCACAUUUCCAUUUCCGACCAACAAAAUGCUGGCAAAGCAAGAAAGCCAGAAAUAGUGAACCCAGAUACUACUCUAUAGUCUAUAGUACUCAUUAAAGUAACCUAUCCAGUAGACCAGGAAGAGGAAAAGAAAAGGCAGCUAAGAAUCCUAAGCUUACAAUUUACAAUUCAUCCUUUUAAAGCAUAAAAGGCCAAACGGGAAGGGGAAAAAACAAACAAAUCACCAGAAUUCAAAAGGGCAGGUUUGGAGGAGAUACAUGCUAAAACGGCAAUGGCCACCAAAAAACAGGUGAAGGAGCAGCCGCGAUCAGAUCUGGAAAAUCCUCAGUCGAAGAACUCGUCGGCGACGAAUGAUUCUCAAAUCGGUGAGGAUGAGGCAGAGGACAUGACGAGAACUGCUCUGGCCGCCUAUCGUGCGAGGGAAGAAGAGUUCGAGAGGAGAAAGAAGGAAGUGACGGACAGGUUGCAGGCGCAUUUAGGGCGCGUCGGGGAAGAACAUAGGCGUUUGGCAGAACUCCAUAAGGCGGUGGAAGGAUUUGUUGAUCCGAUUGGGAAGGAAGCUGCAAAACUGCGCAAGAAGAUAGAUGCGGUCAACAAAGAUUUGAAGUCGCUGGGCCAGACCUGCCAGCGCAAGGAACAUGAGUAUCAACAGGUUCUGGAUUUAUAUAAUGUGAAGAGUAAGGAAAAGGCUCAACUCAUCACCGUACUAAUGGAGGUCGUGACCGAAAGUGAAAGACAGAGAAUGAAGAAACUGGAUGAGCUAAGCAAGGACGUGGAUUCGAUGUCUUCAACGAGGCCGAUUAAGCACCCUUAGGGCUCAUAAUUACAUACUUCGUAUAAGGCUGUCAGUCUGGCACCUAUAUACUAAAUUCCUUCCUUAAAACUUAGUAAUCUUUGAUUUUUUAAAUCAAUGAUUGUAAAUUUAGAUAAUGAUUGUAAUUAGUACCCCGGAGUAUAAUUUUAUGAAAGUUAUAAUUUUUAUACUUUUCAAAUUAUUUUCACAAUGAAUAUUUCCACAUCAUUUUUAUAUUAUAAAUGACUUCAUA